UAUAUUGUCUAACCGUAAACAUUGUUAGAGGAGGGUGGCAACAUUUUUUUACUGUUGCUGCAUGUACUGUCUACCUAUAAGUACUGUCCGAGUAGGUCUGGGUUAUAUGUUGCGACACAUACUGUUUACCUGAUCAACUCAUGCAAAGUCUAUGCGUAAAAAAAUGAUUUUUAUGCAUACACGUUUUACAAAUUCCCAUUUGACAAUGUAGCAUUAUCAAAUUAGAUCAAUCAUUUAUAAUUUGUAACAUGAACAUAGCAACGAUAGUCACUUAUUUCUACCUGUGCACCUGUCAAAAAAUGUACUUAACCUUACUUUUUAACUGUAACUUUACAAGCAGUUUAUAAAAAAAUAACAAAUUUCCGCAGAUAAUGAAAUGCAUAUCAAUAAUGUACUGAAUUAGACGAAUCGAAUGACGUAUAACUCACCCCAAUUGUUGAACGGGCUGUUUGCUAGGAAUGUUCCCUAAGUAGUAUACCAUUAAUUUGAAUUACAUAUGUAUUUUUUAAACUUUGUAUAUUUUGUGCAUAUUUUUCCACAAAAUAUAAAUGAUUCAACAUGUAUGACAUGUGAUACACCAGUUCAACCGAUUGAAAUACAUAAUGAUCACAUGAUUAAAAGUCUUGCAUCUUACUGCAAUAUUAUUGCAGAAAUAGUAGAAGAAAAAGAUUUAUGGAAUAAAACUACAAAUUUUCAAAGUACCACACAAAUACCUUUGAUAACAUUGAAUUCAGAAUCUAAUAUUAAUAAAAGACAACGAUCCGUACCAAAGAAAAAUAUAAAUAAAUGUAAUACAAAAGGAGAAACUCAGUUACAUAUUGCGUGUUUAAAGAACAAUGAAGAUCGUGUAAGAGUCUUAUUAGCUAGUGGUGCAAAUCCAAAUACAAAAGACAAUGCUGGUUGGACUCCUUUACAAGAAGUUGUAAACUAUGGUUUUACAAAAAUAUGUCAGUUGCUUUUAGAGUGUGGUGGAUCUCCUAAUAUUCCAGGUGCAGAAAAUAAAACACCAUUGCACGAUGCUGCCAUAAAUAAUAGAUUAGCAGAAGCAAGGUUGCUUUUACAGUAUUCUGCUAAGAAGGAUGUGUUUGAUAAACAUGGGAAAAAACCUAUAGAUUAUUGCGAGCCAUCUACAAAAAUGUGGAAUCUUUUGUCGGAAAAACGCCAAUUUAAUGACAAAACAGAUCCAAUUUUGAAUUGUACUUUAAAUAGUACUUUAGAUCAAUCAUUUUUUAAUACGCAAUCAUCAACUAAAUUUGUUGUAUAUGCGCCAAAUUUGCGGGAAGAAAAUAAUAAAUGUCUACAUCAGGUGUCAUUAAAACAUAAAAUUAAAGUUACAUCUGUAUUUCGAUCAUCCAUAACUCAUGUCAUAGUGGAAGCAAGUAACAAAAAUAUUGUAAAAUUAUCAUACGAAGUAAUGAUAGCACUUGUCCGUGGAAAUUGGUUACUUAAUAGUGAAUGGAUUCAAUUAGUUAUGGAUGUAGAUGACAUACUAGCAGUGGAUUUAGAACCGUUUGAAAUUAAUGGUUCACCGAUUAUAGGUAUUCCAAGGAAAGCCAGAGAAAAUGCACAGAGUCAGAACCCAGGUCUUUUCGACCAAUGUUAUUUUUAUUUUGCUUUGCAACAAAAGAAGCCUUAUAGUGUAAGUGGAAUGUUAUUAAAAAAAGAUGAUUUAAUAAGGCUUGUUUGUGAAGGUAAUGGGUCGGUUUUGUCAAGAGAACCACGUCCAGACGAUACAAAAAACAAAGAAAAAAUUACUCCUUUUCAUACUGCCAAUAAUCCCUCUCAUUCUUUAUAUAAGUGUACUCAUUAUAUUAUAUAUGUACCAGGAAGAGACGAACCACGUUUAAAAUAUAAUAUGCCUCAUAUAAAAUCAUUACCACUUAUAUGGUUAAUUGAAUGUAUAGAAACAUUUACAUUGAUUGAUCCAUCACAUCUAGGUUUAUAGAAAA